AUGACAACACAGGUUCCUGACCCGAUCACAGGUCGUAUAUUCAAAAUAUUACAUAUCAUGCCGAGACUGAAAUUCGCCAAUCUAAGUUUUAACAAUUUAAGUUCAGAUAUAAAUAGUGCAGUUGAGGUUUGCGACGACACUGAAGAAACAUACCCGUGUUUGAAGAGUAUCGUGUUGAAUUCUACAAAUAUAACAUGGCGCAGCUUUAGACACAUUUUGAAACGAAUACCCAUGGUCGAAGAGAUACAUUUGAGUAUGAAUAAUUACGAUGUUAUCGACUUGGAUGACGAUGAAAAUUGUCAACAUAUUCAAAUGCCUUCAGUGAAAAGGUUACAUUUUACAGGAAACCCUGUGUCUACGUGGUCUGAAGUAUGUAAAUUAGGUCGAGCAUUUCCAAAUCUUGAAUCGUUGGUGCUUGCUGAAUGCCUCUUGCAGUCACUUAUGACUCCACCACCUUCGCCAGAUACUCACCUAGGCUUGUUGUCCUACCCAAGGCAAGGGAGUGGAUUUUGUAAUAUGACGCUGGAUUCACCACACGAUGCAUUUACACAUCUCAAAUUCCUAAACCUAAACAGAACCUUAAUUAGAACGUGGGACGACGUUGACAUCCUGGGACGAUUUCCUGCAUUAAGAUACCUUAGGAUACAAGGAUGUCCGAUAUUCGAAGAAAACUCUGAAAGACAAGAAUACACAGAACACGAACGCAGACAGUUGCUAAUUGCACGAUUACCGUGCAUACAAACUUUAAAUGGCGGAGCAGAAAUYACAGCUGAUGAUAGAGAAGAUGCUGAACGGUUUUUAAUAAGAUAUUACAUGGAUAAGCCUGAAAACGAACGACCUGAAAGGUAUUAUGAAUUGGUCCAAGUUCACGGAAAACUUGAUCCUUUAGUAAAUAUAGACUUGACACCUGAAAGCAAAGUUCAGGUGAAGAUUAUUUGUGGUGACAAAUGUGAACAACAUAUUUUAGAUGUAUAUCAGACCGUGAAUGAACUCAAACAAAAAUUGGAAAAAUUUUCCGGUAUACCAGCACACCGUAUGCGAGUGUUUUACAUGGAUCAACAUGUGUGUUCAGUUAUUGGCCCGGAAGAAAUGAAGUUUCCGAACAAGAGAUUAUAUAGUUACAAUAUAAUUAAAGGAGAUCAGAUAAUAGUCGAUUCAAAAAAAUGAAAUCUUUUACGAGCGAACGCAAAAAUACUGUAAAUUAUUCAGCGAUGGCCUGUGAUAUAAAAAUAUUAAAUAUACAUGAAUUAUGAAUACACAAUAUUAUGAUUAAUUCUAUAAUUUUUGAAUUAAACUUAAUUAUUAUUUUUAUAUACUAGUCAGUAGGAGAGAGUACAGGUUUUCGAUGUUGAUGAUUAAAUAUUUAAAAAUGGCAAUGUUAUUAUUGUAAUCUUGGCAGCUUGUACUUGUUCUGCUUAAGUACACAAGAAUAUGUUUUAAUCAAAACCUAUUAAAUAUUUACAGUAUUUAAACAUUUGAACAAUAUAUGUACCAUAAUAUGUAUACUUAUAUAAUUCAAGACUUAGUAUAAUAAUUUAGUUUUAUGAUUGGACUUUAGCGUGUAAUACUAAUAUUAGUUAUAAUUCAGUUUUUUAGUAAGAUAAAGACUCAUUUACUUAAUUAUAGAUUUUAAUUAACAAUUAAAUUGAACUGUAUUUUUUUCCUGAAUAUACAUUUUUGAAUACUUGUGUUCAUAAACAAAAGCUGAUAAUUGGUACAAUAUCAAUCCCUCAAAGUUUUAUUGAUCUGCUUAU